CGCGGACGGGGGCGAAGCGGGCAAGAAUGGCCGAAAUCCUCGUACGCGCUUCUACGGCCACAGCCGCAUAGAACGCGACAGCACGAAGUUCGUCGUCGGGCCAGGCGAUCUUCUGCACCAAUGUGCCAUGGCGCCAUCGGCAUCCGUCGCCGAGAAGACCGGCCUCGGCAGCGCGUAUCCGCCGGCUUCAGGCAUGAGCUCAAGCGGAGAUGGCGGAGCUGUGGCCCAAGGCGAAACUGCGGUCACUCCUCGCGCGGUCAUGAAAGCCGCUGGACUCUUCAAAGGCAAGAGAAAUAAAGGGGUAUGGAAAAUCGUUGAUGGGAGAUGGAGAAUGAACUAUACAGUCCAGAGUCCUCUGGCAAGUCCACGUCAAGAGGGAGAGGCAGCUCCCCUCGAAGAAGAAAUUGGGUGCGAGGAUGAAAUGAAUCUCCUUGAAGAUGAUGAUGAUGCCACGGAUCUCCUUGAAGGUGAUGAGAUGAACCUUCUCAACGAAAGUGAUUCUGUUCCUGGGUCAUGCUAUACUGACGAAAAUGAACUCAACACGUUCGGAGAUUCUAGUGAUGCGGAGCAGAGGAUAAACGAGAAUGUAAAGCUCGUAGACAGCGACGAAAGCGUGGUGAAAGCCAUAGUGCCUGAGCACCUCUUCGCGAAGCAAGUAGAUUCUAUGAACCUCCUAGGACCAGGCCUUGAAGAAUCCGAGUACGAAAACGAAAAGCUAGUUGUGCCCUUGGAGCUGCAGCUCAAGCGCGAAAGUGUCAUCAAAUACAAACUUUCGAACAGGAAGAGUAAAAGCCGCCAGAAGAAAUAAGAUCCACCAUGGGGCUCCAGUUCUGCGGUUUGGGUGUGUAGCAGCGUAGCUUCAGGCGAAGUGGAAUCGGGCUCGCACUGCGGGUCAGGUCCGGAGCUUGUUGUGGUAGCAGACACAUCAAGAAAAUGACGUAAGAGUAUGCUUGGUGAAAAUUAUUGUUCUGUAUUUUUAGUCGAGG